AUGCGCACCCUGGCAGGCCUCUGGGUCCUGAGCCUCCUCACCUGCGGCUAUCUGUCCUGGUCCCGUGGCCGCCAGCAGGACCAGGAAGCUGGACACGGGCCAGAGCUGGGCAGCCCCGCCAGCUCCCAGCCCCACCUCAUCUUCAUCCUGGCGGACGACCAGGGGUUCAGGGACGUGGGCUACCACGGCUCAGAGAUUCGGACCCCCACGCUGGACAGGCUCGCUGCUGAAGGGGUCAAGCUGGAGAACUACUAUGUCCAGCCCAUCUGCACCCCGUCCAGGAGUCAAUUCAUCACUGGGAAGUAUCAGAUACACACCGGGCUGCAGCACUCCAUCAUACGGCCGGCCCAGCCCAACUGCCUGCCCCUGGACAGCCCCACGCUGCCCCAGAAGCUGAAGGAGGCGGGCUACGCCACGCACAUGGUGGGCAAGUGGCAUCUGGGCUUCUACCGGAGGGAGUGCCUGCCCACCCACCGGGGCUUCGACACCUUCUUCGGCUCCCUCUUGGGGAGCGGCGACUACUACACUCACUACAAGUGUGACGGGCCCGGGAUGUGUGGCUACGACCUAUACGAGAACGACCGCGCGGCCUGGGACCACGGCGGCGGCGUGUACUCCACUCAGAUGUACACGCAGAGAGUGCAGCGCAUCCUGGCCGCCCACGACCCCCGGAAGCCCCUGUUCCUGUAUAUCGCCUACCAGGCUGUGCAUUCCCCGCUGCAGGCCCCCGGCAGGUACUUCCGACACUACAGGUCCAUCGUCAACACCCACCGGCGCAGGUACGCGGCCAUGCUCUCCUGCCUGGACGAGGCGGUCAGCAACGUGACCCUGGCCCUGCAGGCCCACGGCUUCUACAACAACAGCAUCAUCAUCUACUCCUCAGACAACGGCGGCCAGCCCACCGCCGGAGGGAGCAACUGGCCCCUGAGGGGCAGCAAGGGGACGUACUGGGAGGGGGGCAUCCGGGCGCUGGGCUUCGUGCACAGCCCCCUGCUGACCCUGCGGGGCUCCGUGUGCCGAGAGCUGGUGCACAUCACCGACUGGUACCCCACCCUGGUGGCCCUGGCCGAGGGGCACAUCGACGAGGACGCGCACCUGGACGGCUACGACGUCUGGGAGGCCAUCAGCGAGGGCCUGCGCUCGCCCCGGGUGGACAUCCUGCACAACAUCGACCCCAUCUACACCAAGGCGAGGCACGGCUCCUGGGCGGCGGGCUACGGCAUCUGGAACACGGCCGUCCAGUCCGCCAUCCGGGUGCGGCACUGGAAGCUGCUCACGGGGAGCCCCGGCUACAGCGACUGGGUCCCCCCGCAGGCCUUCAGCAACCUGGGCCCCACCCGGUGGCACCACGAGAGGGUCACCCUGUCCGCCGGCAAGAGCGUGUGGCUUUUCAACAUCACGGCCGACCCCUACGAGCGAGUGGACCUGUCCGGCAGGUACCCCGGCGUCGUGAGGCAGCUGCUCCGCCGGCUGUCACAGUUCAACAAAACCGCGGUGCCUGUCAGGUACCCCCCCGGGGACCCCAGAAGCAACCCGCAGCUCAACGGGGGUGUCUGGGGGCCCUGGUACAAGGAGGAAAGCGAGAAAAAGAAGCCACACAAAAAUAAGGCGGAGGGAAAGCAGAAGAACAGGAAGACGAAGAAGAGACCACAGGAAACAGACGGGGGUCCCCAGUGCAGUCCGGGAGCUCCUUGGGGGUGACCCCA